AUUUGAGAUUAAAAGUUUUUACAUUAUUAUGACGAUUGUGUACAUUUUUCUGCUGUCUGCCUGCCUGCCUGCUUGCCUAUCUUUUGACCGGCUAAAUGAUAUGAUGUAUAUGAAGUAAGCUUAACGUGAACUCAGUUGCCUAUCGGAGAUGUUCCAGUGAAAUAAUAAUCUGGCAAAGUUACGGAAGUAAAGGAGAAAUGAUAAUUUCUUAGACAAAAGCAUAAAUGCCAAAUAAAUCAUUUAAUAAUAAUAAUAAUAAAAAAAAAAAAAAAACAAAUAUAUGUGCAAUGAUGUACUAACAAUAAUUUUCUGAAAGAAACGCGAUAGCCAGACAGAUUGAAAAACUUUUAUCUCCUUGAUAAAGAUGGUCAAAAUUAAUAAACGGCUAUUGCCGAUUAAGGCACAUUUUCUAUUUUUUAUGGCGGCUAUGGGUCCGAUUUUGCCUCAAUUGUCGGUGUUAGGUAAACAAAUUGGCAUUGCUCCUGAGGUUAUGGGCUACAUUACCUCCGUUCUACCCAUUAUGUAUGUUAUAGCGAAACCAUUAUUUGGUUUUGUUGCCGAUUACUUUACGAAACUUCGUAAAUUGAUAUUUAUUGGAUUGAUUUUUGCUAUGACUCUGGCAUAUGCUGCUUUCUAUUUUAUACCCCAAAUUCAUAAUGCUCCUAUUAGUCUUGAUGAUGUUUGGAAUGUGACUCUAAAUCGUCCGUUAAUACUAGACUGCAAAGAGCAGCUGGUCAACAAUGCUUCUUUGCUUUGCAAAACUACAUAUCGCGCAGAGUGUAUUACUAGUUACAACAACAUUAGUCGCAUUUACGAAGCCUACUUCACUGAUUCCUCAAAUCCUUUUAUAUCUGACUUGGAUCUGCCUGUUAACUAUAUAAAAGAUCGUUUACCUUUGCACGUUUGUCUAUCCAACGCAUCCAUUUUACCCGAUGAUUUAAAAAAUUUUGAAAGCGUUUGUAAAUUUUCGGCCAAUCUGCAAGGAAAUUGCAUAUACGGCACAACGACAUUUUGGCUGUUUGUUCUAUUCAUGUGCGCAGGUACCAUAGGUUUUAAUGUAACCAAUUCCAUAUCGGACGCAAUAUGUUUUGAUAUGCUGGGUGAGACGGAAGAAACAAAGUACGGAGCACAACGUGUUUGGGGUACGAUAGGCUUUGGUAUGGCCGCUUUAAUAGCAGGAUGGUUUGUAGAUUUUUGGACCGUGGAUGAGGUGAAAAGUUUUACGCCCGCUUUAAUCAUUAUGCUAAUAUUUAGCAGUUUGGAUUUGUUAAGUGUUUGCCGACUCAAAUUACCAAAGUUGUCCUCAUCGGAAUCGAUAUUUAACGACGUAUGGAAUUUGAUUACACAUCCAGCGAUAGCAGUGUUUCUGGUUUUUGCCACAAUAGCGGGAAUAAUUGAUUCAUUUAUAAUUUACUUCAUGUUUUGGCACUUGGAGGAGGUGGCAGCUGCUACAGGUUAUAUGCAUCAAAUUAAACUGAUAGAAGGCUGUGUAGUCGCGGCCGAAUGUUUGGCAGGCGAAGUGCCAUUCUUCUUUUACAGCGGCAAAAUCAUUAAGAAAUUGGGCUACGUGCACUGUAUGAGCAUGUGUUUUUUCUUUUAUGCAGUACGCUUAUUUUUGAUCUCAUGGAUACCUAACCCUUGGUAUUUGGUUUUGGUCGAAUUAUUUUUCCAAGGAUGCACUUACGCUUUAUGCUAUACCUGCAUAGUGGCUUAUGCUUCGGCGGUAGCACCACCAGGAACCUCUGCCACUGUACAGGGCUUGAUGGCAGGCAUGGACGAUGGCUUGGGCUUCAGUAUUGGUUCUUUACUGGGAGGUUUAGCCUUUAAGACUUUUGGCGGUCGGAGAAGUUUUAAGUACUUCUCUCUUGUUGCCAUUUGUACAUGUUUAGCCCAUAUAUUGGUAAGACCUUCCUCCAAGAAACAGCAAUAUUUACCGAAAAUUGGUUAUCAAGUACCACAAGAAGAAACCGCUUUAACCCAAGUCAAUCGUAAAGUAGAAAUAAUCAAAGCUUAAUAAAACUUGAGCCUGGAAAAAAAAAUGAUUAAGUAUUAAAAAAAAAAAAAAAGAGAUGAAAAGUUUUCUUAGAACGUAAACCGAGUGAAACAC